UCGUUAUGACCACCAUGUCUCCCGUUCGACUUCGACACCCUAACGGAUUGGCCACCAUAAAGAUACCCUUGGAUAGCGAUACCUUUACAGUUCAGGAUCUCCAGCAAGAAAUCCAUUCUGCAACUAAUAUUCUUCCCUCCCGGCAAAUGCUUAAGACGGGGUAUCCUCCGCGAAGCCUGACUCUUGUACCCGAACUUCCGCUGAGCAGCUUGGGACUCCACAAAGGGGACCAAUUGAUCGUUGCAGAAGCCUCUGAUCCGGCCCAUGUUUCAACUGGCGCUCAAAUUCCAACUACGACAGCCGACCUUCGCCAGCCCCCAUCAAGCGCCUCUAGUCCGCGCAACACAGAAGGUUCAUUAAGAACGAGUCAAUCUGGAUCGGAAUACGUCGAAGCUGAUGGAGGAUAUUUGAUUCAUCGAGUGGUUCCAGAUGACAAUUCUUGCCUGUUCUCAUCCCUUGCCUUGAUUUUUGAGCAAGACAUCACGAAAUCUGCCCGCCUUCGACAAGUGGUAGCAGAACAUAUUCAGAAGGACACGGAGACGUAUAAUGAAGCUAUCUUGGGUAUGCCUCCGACGAAAUACAUGUCAACAAUCCAGAAGCCAGCCACAUGGGGUGGUGCUAUCGAACUGUCGAUUUUAGCGAAACAUUAUAGAACAGAAAUAUGCUCGAUAGAUGUCGAGACAGGGCGAAUCGAUCAUUUUUCACCACAAGGACCUGAAGAUACGGGAAUGCGCUGCAUCGUCAUAUAUUCUGGAAUUCACUAUGAUGCUGCUACUCUUGCACCGUCACCGGAUGCCCCCGUGGAAUGGCAUCAAACUGUAUUUUCUGUUGAAAACGCUGGUACCCUCGACACGGGGAAACAAUUGGCCGGCCGUUUACGAACAAAGAGAGCAUACACGAACACUGCAACCUUUGAUCUGAAAUGCGAGCAAUGCGGAAAAGGACUGAAGGGAGAGAAAGAGGCGCGAGCUCACGCAGAGGAAACUGGUCAUGUACGAUUUGGAGAAUAUUAA